AUGACCGAUGAAGAUUCAAGUGAAGCAUCCUCAUCUAGCAAAGAUGUUGUUGGCAUUGCCAUUUCCCCAAUCUCAAAUGCACCUCCACCUCCAAGCCCAACUCCAUCAUCAAGUGCUUCACCAAGUCAACCAACAUGCCUCAUGGCCAAGGGCUCCAAGCACAAGACAUUUGAUGAUAGCUCAAGUGAAGAGGAAGAUGAUGAUGCUCCCUCAUAUAAAGAACUUGCCACUUUAGUGAGAGAUCAAAAUGAUCUCAUCAAGAAGCAAAGCGACAAGGUUGAGAAGCUAAAGAAGAGCAAACAAAAUGAGUUGUUGAAGGAGCAUGCCCACUCAAAGAAGAGCUUUGACAUCCUUGAUGGUGCAUUCAAGAAAUUGAAGGUGUCACACAAUGACUUGUGCUUAGAGAACAAAGAGUUGAAGGAAACCAAUGAAGAGCUCAACACAAGCUUCAAUGAUAUGAGAAAAGAGCAUGAAGAUGUGAGCACAAGAUAUCACUUGCUCCAACUUGCACACAAAGAAGCCCUUGAAGCCAACAAUACACUUGAGAGCAAGAUACAAGCCAUAUCAAGCGUUGGGAAGCUCACAAGCCAAGUCAAGAAGAAGAUUGAUCAACAAUCUUGUGAGCCUUCAAGUGACAAAGAAAAAUCAAUGGAAGAAAAGUUUGAUGAACAAGUCAACCCUUUGAGAAAGAUGAGCUAUGAAGAACUAGAACUUUGUCUCAAAGAGAUGACCGAAGAAAAGGAUGAUAUUCUUGGCAUGAAGAGGACAAUGGGUGUUGAGCUAGUGUGCUUGAGAGAAGAAAAGCAAAGGCUUAUUCAUGAAAAUCAACAAGUAAAGAAGAACUUGGGGGAUGCACUCAAAGCAAGCAAGUUGUGUGCCAAGUGCAAGAACAACAAUGGAAGCAACCCUAGUGAAGAGGGCAAUAUCAUAAUCAAGCUAAAGGAUAAAAAUGACAAGCUCAAGAGUGAGAUGAAAAGCCUCUCCACCGGGUACAAAACACUUGUGAAGGGCAACAACAAGUUUUCGGAGAUGCUUGCAAAUCAUUCCAAGCAAUUUGAGAAGAAUGGGAUUAGAUUCCCACCAAUGAAGGCUAAGUGCAAGCCACCUCCCGCUCCCAAAGUGCCCAAAUGA